GAACACCUUUGGGAUGUGGUAGAACAGGACACUGGAUGCGUGAAUGUGCAGCUGACAAAUCUGCAGGAAUGAUGUGAUGCAGUCGUGUCAACACGGACCAGAGCCUCAAGGGAAAGUUUCCAACAUGUUGCGGAAUCCGUGACGGGAAGAACUGGGGCUGUUUUGAGAGCAAAGGGGGGACCUGCCCAGUGUUAGCACGGUGUUCCCGAUAAAUCAUCGCUUAGCUGGCCUGGCUAACGUUAGCUUGUGUACUGAGCUGCAGAGAUGGAUGACGGUGACGAGCCGGGUCUAGUCCUCUCUCACAGCACUUCUUCAGGAUCUAAGUCGGGCGGGGACAAGAUGUUUUCCCUAAAGAAGUGGAAUGCUGUUGCGAUGUGGAGCUGGGACGUUGAAUGUGACACAUGUGCCAUCUGUCGAGUACAGGUGAUGGACGCUUGUCUCCGAUGCCAGGCGGAAAACAAACAGGAGGAUUGUGUUGUUGUUUGGGGAGAAUGCAACCACUCCUUCCAUAACUGCUGCAUGUCCCUUUGGGUGAAACAGAACAACCGCUGUCCCCUCUGCCAGCAGGACUGGGUUGUUCAGAGAAUCGGCAAGUAAGCUCCAAAUCCAGGCGGUCUGACUCUCAGACAACACCUGUAUGCCCCGGAAAGUGAUGAUAGACUUGACAAUGAUCACUGCAACGUCCUGCGCAAAGCCACUGACAUCAACAGCUGUCCUCGUAAUUAUGAUUAAGGAGGACGAUGGACAAAAUUAAAACAGGCUGGGGGGGAUCAAGAGUCGUGAAGAGACAAAUGAAACUUGUUGCAGUGUUUGGUCACAUGUUAGCUUUACAUUAUUGUCUGUGUGUUUGGCACAUCUUGAAUAUCUUAAUGUCUUUUUAAAAAUAAAGAAUUGUGAAUAUCUGUGA